GUACGUUCUACGGCUUCGUAGCAUCUACACGAGUGAGAAGCAUUAUAGUCGGUCGUUUAUCAGGUUUGCCGGCAAACGCACGUAUCGUAAAAUUUUACGUAUUUCAACAACUUGCUGCUCGCCUCAAGAUUCGUUUCCAUCAACCGUAUUCAACAUCAUCAACACCUAUCACAUAAUCUCACUCGUCGUAGGAGUAAAUUCUCAGCUCGUGCACGCAGCAUAGGCAUCUACGAGUACAUAAUAUACACCUUGCACACCACGUGAUAAUCGCCCAAAGAAAAUCCAUUAAAGACGGCCUCUCGACCAAAUCCUAGCUGUUCUCAGUUUCACGUAUAUUAUGAUACGACGGAAGAACAAUACUCGUUAUCAGAGUAUCGCGGUCUUAAGACUAAACCCUUCGAGCGAGCUUCCGUUCUACGUACUCCUUGCUCACAGCUUAUCAACCAAGAACAAAUGACUUCUCGCAAAAAAUGGAUAACGCAUAUCAAAGAAACUGGAAAUACGCAAACAUACUCACAUCAAACAGAAGAAUGGAUCAAAAUGCUGCCAUCAAGUUCUCGAGGCGAAAACGCCGGGCCUUCAAGUUUAGAAGAAGAAAUAUCUUCGUCGAAGCCUCGAGCGCGAGAUCCGACUAGGACUCAGAUAGGCAUUUACGGUUGGCGUAAAAAAUGCCUUUUUGCAUUUAUGCUUGCUCUAGGCUUGAUCGUAGUUUUUAAUAUUUGUUUAACGAUGUGGUUCAUGGAAGUGUUGCAGUUUAGUUCGGAUGGUAUAGGUAUGUUGAAAAUAAUAGAAGGUGGAGUUAUGCUGAAAGGUAAAGCGUACUUUAUGAAUUCGCUGGUCGCCUCCAGUAUUAAUUCGAAGAGAGGAAAAUCGCUCAGAUUCGUGUCCGCGCAUAAUAUUUCCGUCAGCGUGAGAAAUUCGGGCGGAAGAGAAGUUUCUAACUUUAUUUUAAAAAACGACACAGCCACAUUCAGUGCAUCAUCGUUCAACAUCACUGGAUCCCGAGGAGAGGUGUUAUUUUCAGCCAGCAAAGACGAGGUGGUAUUUGGCACAAAUGAAGUAAAAUUCACCGGCUCAUCAGGUGCAGUUUUCGAAGGCAGCGUACAAACGCCCACGAUCAAGGGUCAUUACAAACGUGAAUUAAGCCUCGAAUCAGUAACUCGAAUGGUUGACAUUUUCGGCCCAGAAGGAGUAAUACUCGAAUCUCGAGCUGGAGACAUUCAUGUGAUUUGCCUACGAGACUUGAAACUUCAGUCGGUUGCUGGAGCGAUAAAACUAGAGAGCUCCAAAGUAUACCUACCGGGUUUACAAGCUGCCAAAACGACCUCGGUCAAAAGCUCCAUUCCAAAUAACGUGACCGUUUACCAAGUAUGCGUCUGCGAAAACGGCAAACUGUUUUUAUCGCCGGCCGACGGGGAAUGUAUUCCAGACUUCGAUAUAUGUCGUUGAGUGAUCUAUACCUACCUUUCUACCUCACAUCAUUCAUCUUUUCAAAAACUACUUAUGUGAAAAUAAAAAAAAAAGAGUCGAGUUCUUACAGCGAGCUCUCUACAUAUUGCGUAAAAUACUCGUACUUUCGUCGUAUCUGUUUCUAUCCUAUAUGUAAUUUCUUCCCUUAACGAGAAGAGAGGGGAAAAAAUAAAAAGGUGUUUGGUAGACUCGAUGAAAAACUUGUUAAAACUUUGCUGUUGACGUCGUUUUGCAUCGCACAUCUAUUUGUCUACAAAAGUCAGGAAAUUGUUACAUACGUGUUCGUUUUCUAUAUGGCACACAAUAUCUAUCUAAGUACCCCCUGUAACUUCUACAUACCUACCUAUAGUUUUUUUUUUCUCUGGAAAAUAUACCUUUCAGAUUCUUUCUAAAGUAAAAAGAGACACUAUUAGAGCUGGCAACCUGCCCCUCGUUCCUUUUCAAAAAGAAACAGAGAGGAAACGGAAUGAAGAAUUUUUCCUUAUAUAAAGUUAUUCUUUACUUAUAAUUCGACGUGUUUGGGAAGAAAUAUCAAGUUGCAGGCGCGUCAGAUGUGUUUUAAUGUUACUCGUACCUGCCGCCCUUAGAGUACUUUUACGUCUUUCUAGUAUCUUUUUUAGCCUUUAAUUACGCCCAUAAAUACGAUAUUUCUGUACGCCGAAGCGAGUAUUGAAUUGAGAGAUCUAACUCCACUCUCUGUCUCUUUCACUCUACACUUCAACAUGAGCAAAAAAAAAAAAGUCUACUCGGAUGUAUAAUUUUUAACACCUAACAAAACAGUAUCUAAUCUCGGUUUGCCUCCAUUUCUGAAACGAUUUUGAUACGUACGUUUAGGUAAGUAAUCGUAUUAAAUAUGUUCAGAUAAAACAAACAACCGCGUACAUUUGCAUUUUAUCUGCAUAAAUGAAGUCAUACGCUGCUAUGGAGCGAGUGGUUUUCUUCGUCUUCGCUUCUGUUACUUUUCUGCAUUUUACGCGCGAAAGCACCGCCGAUGUGCGAUAUUUCAAUUUUUAUUUCGUCCCAGCUCCGACAAGAAACUGUUUUACGCCACCAUAGAUACCAAGGUAUAAUAUUACUGAUGUAACAACAAAUCUAGACGCGCGGAGAAAUUUUAUAAUCCGAUUUGAAAUUUUAACUCGUCAUUUAGGGUCUUUAAAAACAACAACAACAACCGUAAUGUGUAUAGAAGUAGCAUGAACGAAAUAGGGUAUUUAUUUCAACGCUGCUUUUUAGUCUCAUGCGAGUAAAAUAAUUAAUAGAAAUAAGAAAAUAGGAUAGUUGGGUUAGAAGGGGUGCAAGCAAAUUUGAAAUCUAAAAGGAUCUAAUAUUUACCUAUUUUUGUCAAAAAAAUUUCAUUUCUCAUAUUUUUUUUCAUCAUUAAAAAUUAUAAUGGAGCAGUGCUAUUUGCUUCCAUAAAACUUGAGAAAAUUCGCAAAAAAAUUUUGAGAAGAGGAGUUUUCCCAAAUCUUAUUUAACUUCAAAAUUGAUUUACAAAAAAAAUUGGUUCCAUUUUUCUAAACAUAAUUCCAAGUGAAGUAGCAAGAUCACUCACCAAAUUUUUAUUUCUGUAGUUAAUCAUCCAAUUCAGAUAUUUUUUGAAAGAAAUUACUCGUUCAUAUAUCACGAUACACAACCUGUAACAAAUCACAAGCCAUUAGUAAUAAAAAAUUAUAUCCUCAAUUGAAAGCAAGUAAAAAUGAAUUCUGAAGUAAAUAUUCAAGAGAACCUGGGAACAUUUCAAUUUUUUUUUCAACUCGAAAUUUGAACGAAACACAUUUUUGUCUAAAAUUUAUGGUAAUAUUCAACAUCUUCUCAAUUCUCUGAAACUUCUGAUUCAAGUUAUUCACGAUAUAUGCUUUAGUUAGGUAUAUUUGAAAAGUAGACAAAUGUACCAUUUUUCAAAUAAAAUUUUAUCAUUGCUCGAAA